UAUCACAAAACGUUUUUAUCCUUGAAUGAAUAAGAGUUCGGAACUUUCCGGAAGUAGCGGACGGAAAGCAAUAACUUCGAAUUGCUGCUAGGAAACUACAACUUCUCCGUGUUUUUAGCGUUGAUUUUUGGUGGCAAUAGUAUUUUAGAUGAUAGAUUAUGAAAGAGGGAGAUCAAGAUGCAAGCCUUGCUGAUGGCAAGAUUCAGUUUCAGUUAAAUGCCGGAAUGACUGCAACAAGUCAGGCAACCCCGGCCAUGCCCACCUUGCAACCUAUGGCUUUAGGAAAUUUAUCAAUGGCCGGCAUGCAACAGGGAGGAUUCAUCCUUCAGAGCCCAUUUGCUCAGCCUACAGCUGUGAUACCAGCAGUGUCCAAUCCACUACAGAGUAACAUCCAGCUAUCUACAGCGGAUCUACAACAGUUACAGCAACAGAUUCAGCUGCAGAUACAGCAACAACAGUUACAGCAACUUCAACAACAGCAACAGCUUCAACAGCAGACAGCUCAGUCACAAGCUGUAACAGCAUUGCAGAAUCUACAACAACAGGUUGCCCAAUCUCAAGCUGGCACCCAAGCAUUGCAAGCUACACAGUUACCAGCUAUGGCGGGCAUGCAACAGAUACUACUAGUAAACCCUUCACAGUUGACAACCCUUCAACCACAGUUUAUGAUACAACCAACUGCAGGAGUGGGUGGUUUCCUGUUACCGGGACUUACAGCGGCUGUACCAGCGUCACUAUCUCAAUCUGUGACCCCAGUUAAACUGACCACAGUUCAAUCCUUGGCUAACACAAGUGUUACACCAAAUCAACUCAUAUCUACCUCAGCAUCUCAAGCAACAAAUGUUGGAGAGUUGAAGUCAGACAGCCAGAACUCGACGUCAUCUGAUCUCAGUGGGAACAUAUCAACAUCAGGGUUACCUCCCCUUUUAGCACCAGUUAGUAUUCUCAUUUUGUUUUUAUUUUGUUGUUUUAAGUCACACAAAACAUGUUUUACUCAGGGAGACGUAGGUCUUGCUAUGGGGAAGUUAUAUGGCAACGAUUUUAGCCAAACAACAAUAUCUCGCUUUGAGGCAUUAAAUCUCAGUUUUAAAAAUAUGUGUAAAUUAAAACGUUUGCUUAGUAAAUGGUUAGAAGACGCUUAUACGGUCAGUUCCAGUCAGGCGGCUGAAACUGAUGGCGAUGUGGAUCCAAUGACACCGGAAUCAAUCGCCAGACGACGGAAAAAGCGUACAAGCAUCGAGACAACAAUACGCGUCACUCUUGAAAAAAGUUUUCUUAACAAUCCUAAACCGAAUGGGGAAGAAAUAUCAAUAUUGGCUGACAGCUUACACAUGGAAAAGGAAGUUAUACGCGUGUGGUUUUGCAACCGACGGCAAAAAGAAAAACGUAUAAAUCCAUCGACAUCAUUUUCACAAAUGCAGAUGAUUAGUCAGUUUAACGUUGCAACUGCGAAUGGAAAUUCAUCAUCUGUUUCAGGAACCGCAACUUCAGGGUCUGUAUCAUCAUCAUCAGUAACUUUGCAAGGAAUUACCUCCCAGGGACUUAUUCAGGCUAGCUCGCCUUCUAAAGGAUCAAAUUUAUUGACAAUUACACCAUCGAAUUUAUCAAACGUUUUAACAGUGCUGCCAUCUGGUGUUGAUAAAAAAUCAGGUUCAUUAACUCUUCCCACCAGUAUAGCCGGCCAAAGUGUUCUUGUUACAAAUAUUAAUGGUCAAACUUUACUAAAAUCCUGAAAUUUGUGAUGGUUUUAAGCUAGUAAUUUCUCGACUACAAUAAUUAUAUCUGUCUACAUGCUUAAUGACUGGAGUAUAUUCCUUUAUAAUUACAUGUAUUGUGAUUUUCGUUUUAAGAAAAAUUAACAAUAUUAAAUUAUUCAAAUGUUCAAUUCAAUGACAGCUAUAAUGAGCUUAUGAUAAUUUUUCAUGUUUUUAUGAUCAAAUUAUAAGGCCAGUAAAUAUUGAGCUUAUAAAAACAACAGCUUGUAAUUUGUUGUUUUAUCUUCAUGAAAGAAAGAAAAUGUGCUAGAAAAAAUAUUGAGCAUUUAUAAGAUAAAAAUUAGUCAUUGAUAUGUUUCUCUAAAAACCAUUUAACAGUGUGCUGUAUAAUAGGUAGAUAUAUACAUGUAUUUUGAGAUGAGAACCUAGCUUGACAAACCUGUAUUGGAUGAGCCACUUGACAAGUCCUGUAUGGGGUUUUCCAGCUGGGUACAAGUCUAUAUAUAUCCUAUAUUGUACAGAUUUAAAUUUAUACCUACAUUUAUUUUAUCUGACUUUUUGUAGUUUCUUUUUUUCCCAAACCUUUCAUGGAUUUUCCGAACAAUACAUGUAUGUAAAAGAAAUGUUGGACCUUUUGUUCAUGGAGGUUUAAGUCUAUAGCAAACAUUAUGCAAAAUACUUGUGUAUCAUUUAGAUACCAGAAAUACACUGGAUACAAAUACAAAGAAAUUUGUAUGUUCAUGUGCCAUUAAGAAUUCAGUUGAUAGGUUAAGAAAAAUAGAUUUGUUAAAUAAAAUAAAUAAAUAAAAGACAAUUGGUCAAAUAAAAUACAAUACAAAAUACUUGCACAUAUCAUAUAUCUAGAUGUGGCUCAGCACAUAUUUCUUUGUUAGCUAUAUUUUCAUUUCUAAUUUAUUAUGUUUUUUCUUUGACUGAUUUAUUGAAUAAGGCUGUUAAAACUUUACAAAAAGUGUGAUUACAAGAACAUAUUAAUAGAGGUUGACAAAUUAUUGCUGUACUGUUUUUAUACACUGGAAAAAACACAAAUAAUGCAAUAUGAGAGAAAAAUCAUGUCAACAGUGUUGUUUUCUUUAUGCUGAUAUUAUGGUACAUGUAGUUAUAUGCAGAGAGAUUGAUUGAUAUUUUUAAGCCCAUCAGUUAAACUUAAAGGAACGCCACUGAGGUCCAGUAGCCAAAAAUCAUAAAUUUAGAAAUUCCUUCAUAAAAUAACUAGUACACUUAGAAUUGAACACUAUGCAAUCGAUAAUAUAAUAAUAUACUUGGUAUUAAAUUGAUAAGCGAG